UUUCAGGUGGAAAUCUUGAGUAUAAAAUCGAAUCACCAUCAUCACGUUCGACAGCAGACUUCCAAGUGAUUUUCACUGUACAACAACUCCGUCGAAUUCAGUCUAAUAAAAUCAAGAAAAUGAACAAGUUCAUCGCCUUCAUGCUGUGUGCCGUCCUCGCUGUGGCCGCUGGCCGUCCUCAGGUGUUCCAAGCCACUGGAACUGGUUCGGGAUUUGGAACUGGCGCUGCUCCUCUGUUUGGCGGAAAUGGAGCUGCCCCGCUUCUAGGUGGAGCUGGAGUUCCUUUUGGUGCAGGACAACCUGGUGGACAACUCGGCUUCUCGUCUUUCGAUCUUGGCACUGGUUCCGGAGCUGGAGCUGGAACUGCUAACGCUGGUCCUGGUGGAGUGUCUGCAUCAGGGGUUGGCAUUUCGAACGCAAGCAAUGGCGGAGCUGCAACUGGAACUGGAACAGGCACCGCCGCCUUGGAUCUUCUAAGUGGACAAGCUUCGGCAGCUGGUUCUGGUACCGGAAGCAGCGUUGGAAAAUAAAUAAGUCAGCUACAUUAUGAAGCUUCGUUGCACGAAGCUUCAAUCAUAUUCCAUUUGAAUUUUUAAGGAAAAAUUUGUUGAAUUUAAAAAUAAUAAAAAAAGUAUCCACAAA